UCUUCGGGGCUCGCGGCGUGGGACGUGCGAUUGCGAGUGGAUGGCCCGGGGCGAAGCGCGCCUGGGAACGGCUCUGUGCCUGGCGCUGCGGCUGCUGCUCGCUUUUGAGCUCGGACGACAUGUCGCUCCCAACCCGCUCCCGCCUGGACCCGGGCCGCUGCAAGCGGCCCAAGGCUCCUGCUCGCCUUCCAGUUUCCAGUGCCGCUCCAAUGGCUUCUGCGUGCCCCUCACCUGGCGCUGUGACGAUGAUGAAGACUGUCCUGAUGGCAGCGAUGAGGAGGCAUGCAGUCCUGAACCUUGUGCCCAGGAGGGUUCCUGCUCACCACCCACCAGCAACCCCUGCUCUUGCGACAACAUCAGAGACUGCCCACCUGCUGGGGACCAGGGCCGGCUCAACUGCACUUUCCCACCCUGCCCCAUGGGGGAGCUGCGGUGCCUGCAGGGCUCUGUCUGUAUCCCUCACACGUGGCUCUGUGACGGCCACCGGGAUUGUCCCGACGCCAGCGACGAGCAGAGCUGUGGACUUGCUGCAGGGAAUCAGGCUGAUGCAGCUGGGAAUGGCUCAUCUACAGUGACCACGGAGGUCCCAGGGAGCACGCCAGGGAGCACG